AUGCUACAAACUAAUAUAAAUCAGGUGCAAAUUGGAAGUCGAACAUUGGAUGUUGGCGAAAUUCAGAAAUUAAUUCCACAGUUGGAACAAACAAUUGAAAAACAGGAGAAAAUUAUUCAACAGCAACAAAGCACAAUACAAACGGAAAUAAAAAAGACCACCGAAUAUGAGAAGCAAGUUAAAAUAUUAAUGAGAGAGUGCGAUAAGCUUCGUUCAGUACUCAAUCAAACAGUCUCAUCAGCUGCAUCGCCUGGAACUGUACAAAAGUUAAACUCGGAUGAAGGGAUUCGUUCGAAAAAACUUGCAGUAUCAGCGGAACCUGCAAAAUUUGAUCAAUACAAAGCUGUUCUUCGACAUCAUCCCAAAUCUGCUGGAUUGAAACAACUAAUACGUGAUGCUGUUCAAAAGAAUGAUUUUUUAAAACAACUCGCUAAAGAACAAGUCAUUGAAUUAGUGGAAUGUAUGUAUGAAAUGCGUGCAAGAGCUGGUCAAUGGAUUAUACAAGAAGGUGAACCUGGCGAUCGACUUUUUGUUGCUGGAGAGGGUGAAUUACAAGUUUCUCGAGAAGGAACAGUAUUAAGCACAAUGAGCCCUCCUGUUGUUUUUGGCGAAUUAGCCAUACUUUAUAACUGCACAAGGACUGCAUCUGUGCAAGCUUUGACGGAUGUGCAGUUAUGGGUACUCGAUAGAUCUGUCUUUCAAAUGAUAACGAUGCGUUUGGGUAUGGAGAGGCAUGCCCAGCUUAUGGCAUUUCUUAAUAAGGUUUCUUUAUUUGAAAAUUUAUCCGAAGAUCGUAUCUCGAAAAUCGCGGAUGUUUUGGAUCAGGAAUAUUAUGCCGGUGAUAACUAUAUUAUUCGGGAAGGUGAAAGGGGGGAUACUUUCUUUAUAAUAAAUAGCGGUCAAGUUCGUGUUACGCAACAGAUAGAAAAUGAACCUGAACCAAGAGAAAUUCGUAUUUUAAAACAGGGUGAUUUCUUCGGUGAAAAAGCGUUGCUUAGUGAAGAAGUUCGUACAGCGAACGUGAUUGCAAUGAAUCCAGGAGUUGAAGUUUUAACGCUUGAUCGAGAGUCAUUUACAAAGCUAAUUGGAGAUUUGGAAGCACUUAAUAGAGAUUAUGGCGAUGUUCAACGAAGAGCUACUGUAGUGAUUCCAGAACCGUUGUCUCCAACUAGAGCUGCUCUUGAAAAAGAGUUCGCUGGAUUACAACUGAAACAGCUUAAAAGGAUCGCUACCCUGGGUGUGGGUGGCUUUGGUAGAGUAGAAUUGGUGUGUGUUAAUGGUGAUAAAUCGAAGACGUUUGCUUUAAAAGCGUUGAAGAAAAAACAUAUUGUGGAUACGAGGCAACAGGAGCACAUUUUCGCGGAAAGAAAUAUUAUGAUGGAAACACGUUCAGAGUGGAUUGUCAGGUUAUAUACGACAUUCCGUGAUUCGAAGUAUGUUUACAUGUUGCUGGAGGUAUGUCUUGGUGGUGAGCUGUGGACAACACUUAGAGAUCGCGGUCAUUUUGAUGAUUACACGGCCCGUUUUUAUGUGGCUUGUGUACUUGAAGGUCUUGAAUAUUUACAUCGUAAACACAUUGUUUAUCGAGAUUUAAAACCAGAAAAUUGUUUAUUAACAGUCACUGGAUAUCUCAAACUUGUUGAUUUCGGUUUCGCAAAAAAAUUGGCAAGUGGACGGAAAACAUGGACAUUUUGCGGCACACCGGAAUAUGUUUCGCCAGAAAUUAUAUUGAAUAAAGGACACGAUCAAGCAGCCGAUUAUUGGGCUCUUGGUAUUUAUAUAUGCGAACUGAUGCUUGGCAGACCUCCUUUCCAGGCUGCAGAUCCAAUGAAAACUUAUACUUUAAUUCUAAAAGGUGUUGAUGCACUUGAAAUUCCCAAUAGAAGAAUCGGUAAAACGGCUACAGCUCUUGUUAAAAAAUUAUGCAAAGAUAAUCCUGGUGAACGUCUUGGAUCUGGAAGUGGCGGUUUAAGUGAUAUUCGAAAGCAUCGAUGGUUUAUGGGUUUCGACUGGGAAGGAUUGCGCUCAAGGACAUUAAAGCCACCAAUAAUGCCUAAAGUAUCGAAUCCUGCUGAUGUAUCUAACUUUGAUAAUUAUCCGCCCGAUGUAGAUAUACCGCCUGAUGAAUUUUCUGGUUGGGAUGAAGGCUUUUAA